ACAGGCUGUAUUGUGUGUGCUACAACUUGCUUCUUCCUCUUAACGAUAAAUCCUGGAUAGCUUUCUCCGCCAAGAUACCUCGAUCUGCCUCAUUUUGGCGAUUCUUUGUCCUUGCACCUGCGAUUCCCUGAGGUCCAGUUUUCGUCCUGCCUCCCUUCCUCCCGGCGUUUGUGAUUGCCUGGCCUCAUGGGGUGCACUGCGGCACUAGGCGCGGCUGGAGGCCCGGCGGGUGGGCGGGGUUCGAGGCCGCUCGGGACAUGCAGAUGAGGUGGGCGGGGCCCCACAUAUACCCGGGGUUAGCGGCGGGCCAGCGCGCCCGGCCUUGGCGGACUCAGUCGGAGGUGGCUUGCUGCACCUGCUUUCCGGAGAGCAGCGGAGCCUGGUCCCGGGCUGCCCCCGGAGCGGGCCAUGCCCCCGCGGGAGCUGAGCGAGGCCGAGUCGUCCCCGCUCCGGGCCUCGACCCCUCCCCCGCGGCGGGGCAGCGCGCCCCCGGAGCUGGGCAUCAAGUGUGUGCUGGUGGGCGACGGCGCCGUGGGCAAGAGCAGCCUCAUCGUCAGCUACACCUGCAAUGGAUACCCCGCGCGCUACCGGCCCACAGCGCUGGACACCUUCUCCGUGCAAGUCCUGGUGGAUGGAGCGCCGGUGCGCAUUGAGCUCUGGGACACAGCGGGACAGGAAGACUUUGACCGCCUCCGCUCUCUCUGCUACCCGGAUACCGAUGUCUUCUUGGCCUGCUUCAGCGUGGUGCAGCCCAGCUCUUUCCAGAACAUCACAGAGAAAUGGCUGCCGGAGAUCCGCAAUCACAACCCCCAGGCACCCGUGCUGCUGGUGGGUACGCAGGCCGACCUGAGGGACGAUGUCAAUGUACUGAUUCAGUUGGACCAGGGGGGCCGGGAGGGCCCCGUGCCCCAACCCCAGGCUCAGGGUCUAGCGGAGAAAAUCCGAGCCUCCUGCUACCUUGAGUGCUCCGCUUUGACGCAGAAGAACUUGAAAGAGGUGUUUGACUCGGCUAUUCUCAGCGCCAUUGAACAUAAAGCCCGACUGGAGAAGAAACUGAAUGCCAAAGGUGUGCGUACCCUCUCCCGCUGCCGCUGGAAGAAGUUCUUUUGCUUUGUUUGAAGAGCCUUGGUGGCUAGGGAGUAGUAGGCAUAAGCCCACAGACUUCUGGAAACUGGGGCCUUUGAGGGGGAUGCUGGCAGGGCCAGGCCACCCCAUGGGACUCAGUUCCAUCUGAACACUGUGAGGACACAGGCCUCCAACUGCCCGCUCUAAUAGGUGAGGGGCUCUGAUUUGGAUUUCUGUGGUCAGGGUCACAGAGAAAUCAAAUCCCAGCACUUUUCAUUUUCGUGGGCUGGUCCUAACAGUGCCAGCCACCUCACCUCUAAGCAUUUUGGGAUCCAAUUCCCAGUUUCUUAUCAUGAGCCCUUAGGCCAGCCUGGCUGAAUUAGGAACCCCUAUGGUGGUCCCCACCUUGGCACAGCGGGAGAGGAAGAGCCAGGCAUUUUGGAGGGCAGGAGGGUGUCCGGCCCUGAUUUGGAGAGAAGUUCGGGAUGGACUGGGUAAGAGGUCAAGGAGAGACAGAGGGGAGCUGAAAGUGAGGUCUUGGAGCCUUGGGACAGGAGGCAGUAUGGUGAGGAGGCAGGUCAGAGGGCUAGGUUUGGAAGAGGGAAGAGCAAGGAGAGCAGAAAAGUUGGGCAGCUGAAGAGUAAGGCUGACACCUGGGCUGCCCUCUGCCCCCAGGGCCCGGGAGGGCAGGGCUGGUCCCUGGGAAGAACUGGGACUCAGGGCUCCCUAGGCACUGCCCAAACUGGCUGGGCCAGGAGCAGGGCAGGAAGUGAGAGGCAAGGCCCAGCAAGAGGAGGGGGAGGAGCUGCGACCUAGAGCCUAGAGGAGGAAGGGGCUGGGGUCACUUUUCUCUAAGGCCACAGCCUAGAAGGUAGGACGGUACAGCGUCUACAAAUAAAGUCUUAGGUUUCUGAAGCUGCUGUCUCUGUGUCGUUUCCUGGAGCUGUCUGCCCAUUGCCCUCUCAGAGCCCUCUUCAAGGCCCAGCAGCCAGGAUAGACAGGUUGGGCACUGAAGGUCUGAGGCCAAACUGACAGGUGGGGGCUGGACUAGAUGAGACAGUGUGAUGGGAACUGGACUGGGGGGGGCAGGUCUGGGGCUCCCCGCUUGGGGCUUAGCCGGUUCCCAGGAGAGCUAGCGUGGGAAGCAGCCUAGGAACGGGUUUCCCCAGGUGUCAGCGCCAGAGCUGCUUUCCCAUGACCUCACCAGGCAGGUGUUGCCCCGCCCCUCUGCCCCUCCUUUCUAGAGCACCUCCCUCAGCGCAGGGGCUCUCCGGCAAUGCUGGGCCCUCUAAACCUUCCUGCUCUGGUCCUUCCAACUGUCCACAGGGUCUUGGGGUGGGGGACCACCUGCUUCAGAGCCUGAGCAUGAAGGGACUCUUUACAGCCUAAAGCUCAACCCUGGUCAAACUCUGGGUCAAGUUGAUUGGACCUAGUCUUUGAUCUUGGCACUCAGUCCGCAGAAAGACAAAGGUGCCAGUUGUCAAUCAUUUAAAUAGAUGGGUGCCUGGGUGGCUCAGUGGGUUAAGCCUCUGCUUUCGGCAGGGGUCAUGAUCUCAGGGUCCUGGGAUCGAGCC